AUGAUAUCGUUGGAGCGGUCAUCAACUGCGCUGACAACACUGCUGUACAUCAUAUCCGUCAAAGGCAUCAAGGGUCGUCUGAACAGGCUCCCUGCCGCUGGUGUGGGCGACAUGGUUAUGGCCACAGUGAAGAAAGGCAAGCCAGAGCUCAGGAAAAAGGUGCAUCCUGCGGUGGUGAUACGACAAAGGAAGUCGUGUCGGCGAAUAGAUGGCGUGUUUCUGUACUUCGAAGGCAAUGCAGGGGUCAUAGUGAAUAACAAAGGAGAAAUGAAAGGACGUGGUGGGUCAUCGGGAGCCAAGUUCCGUAUCUCACUGGGUCUCCCGGUGGGAGCGGUCAUCAACUGCGCUGACAACACUGGAUGGAACGUGGCAGACACACCCUCAUGCUACCUGUGAGGAUCUCCAGCAAUCAGACAAUGAAGCCACUGACACAUCAAAACAGAUGGAGAGAGAGAAGGGGAGAGCUCUCCUGACAGGCAGGAAAUGAUGCAGUGCACAAUGCAGGUGUUGAUCAGCAACCCUGUGCAAUAGCAAUAUCUUUACUUGAUAUGGAACAUUUCUUACUUUACAUAUGUUACUGUUUGUAUAAUGUAAAUUUGUGUAUGAGACUGUAUAUGUUUCUGUACUUCUGUUUUUAUUAAGAUGCAGUUACAGUAUGUAGCUCUAUAUUUAAAUAUGGAGUGUUAGAUUUAAAAACCUAAUAUUUGAACAAUAUUUUUCAUCUCAUUCUUGGAUGCACUGGUUUCACAUUAUACUUUAAAAGUCCUAAUAAUUGUUCUAGUAUAUUGGAGUAAUUUCUUCCAUGGAGAACAUGAUACAGCCUAUAAAAGUAUUAUUUUCAAUCUUUCCAACAAAUGAAUGUAUUGAAUUAAAAUUACUGUAUUCAUAUAACCUGUAACUUCAUAUAUGUACUUGCUUAGACUGGAGAUUGUUCAAAUAGUGGAAUGCGACAGGAUACAUGAAACAACCACUUUUAAAAGGGUUGUCAAAUGGAAAUAUAGAAUGUAUUAAGAUCACAUCAGGUUUUAAUGUUCUCCUUUUUCUCAUUAUUUAUAUAACCGAGGAAUCUUUGCACCCUUGAUGUUUUCUUGAUUUGUUUGUUUUGAUGAUUGUACCAGGUCUUUUCUUUUUAAAAAUGCAAAGAGAGAAAUUCAGUGAGGCCCAGUGUACAAAGGUUUAAUGUAAAUAUCAUGGUAAUGUCUUUAUUAAUAAUUAAAAUUAAAAAAAAUCAUUUCAACCGUGGCAUGUUGUGAUUUUAUUUUAUUUUUUUUCCAACAAGUAGCAGCUAUUAAACAUGCAAAAAACACAUAUGUGAAUAGGGGGACUAAGUUGUAAAAUUUUAAAUAAUACCAAGCUAUAGAAAGUCAACUUUUUUAUUAUGUUUCCAGGAGUGAAGGUUAUUCAUGUUUUUGAGACAUUACAGCUGAUUUUCUGUAAAGCUACUUUGAAACAAUGUGAAUUGGGAACGGCACAAAUAAAAAAGUAUACAAAUAAAA